GGGGGGGGGGGGGGGGGGUAGAGGACACUGUAUGGAGGCCAGUGGAGGGAUUGGCAGAGAGGGAUGGAGGACACUGAAUGGUGGCCAGUUAAGGGAUUGGCGGGGGGGUGGAGGGCACACUGAAUGGAGGCCAGUGGAGGGAUUGGCAGAAAGGGGUGGAGGACACUGACUGGAGGCCAGUGGAGGGAUUGGCAGAGAGGGGUGGAGGACACUGAAUGGAGGCCAGUGGAGGGAUUGGCAGAGAGGGAUGGCAGAUAUGGAAUGAUUGAACGAUUAGUAAGAGGGAGUUGCAGUAGUCAAGGCGGGAGAUAACCAGGGAGUGAGUUAGAAGCUUUGUGAUGUCAUUGGUUAGGACGGGUUGUAUCUUGGAGACAUUGCAGGGGUUCCUCUGCACCACCUCCAUUCUAGGAAU